GCAAUACAAAGAUGACGGUCCACAUGAGCUACGUCGGGCGCAAGGUCCGCGCGGUCAAGUUCCUCCACGGGGCGAAAGGCGCCGCCUGCCUCGAAGGAGACGACUACGCGUCGCCGCUGGUCGUCGCCGGCAGCUACGACUCGCAGGAGAAUGCGCUCACGGUGCUCUUUCCGCAAAUGCCCACCUCCGACCAAAUGGACCUUGCCGAUGAGUUUCACGCGUCGUCCAAGACCGAGAUCGUCGAGCUCUGCUCCUUGAAGCACGAGGGCGACGUCACGUCGCUAGGCUUCUUGUCCUUGAACAACUCGGACUUUGUCAUUAGCGGCAGCUCCAACGGCAGCAUCUACUGCACAAACAUCGUGAAGGCGGACCCGUCGCUUGCACUCAAGCACGUCGCAAUUCCGCAAUGGGAAAACCUCACGGCAGGCAGCAUCACGAGCUUAGACGUGGACACGACAACGGCCUCGAUCGUGGCGUCGUCCGAGUGCGGUCAAGCAGCGUGGGCCAACUUGAACCGACUCGACGAUAUCCGUGUCAUUGAUGUCGACGGCUGGGCCAUUCACGACGUCAAGAUGCUCGGCGUCGACACGUACAUCGCCAUGGCAGGCUCCAACCCCAGCGGUCAGUUGCAGUUGUGGGAUCUCAAGACGAACGCCAACUUUCCGAUCGCGACCUGUGCCGAUGGCAAUGGCGCUUUUACGAGUCUGGCCACGCACCCGACGCGCCCCGAACUGCUCCUGACGGGCAGCCACGACGGCUGGCUGAGCAUUUGGGACCGACGCAUGCUCGCCAACGGGGCUGUGCGCUCCGAGCGCAAGCACAAAAAGCCUAUCCGCAGCAUCCAGUGCCACCCGUCGGCGCCGCGCUUCAUCUACACGGCGAGCGACGACAACACGGUCAACGUGUGGGACUUUCACGCUUCGAAAAAGCCGACCGACAAGAUCGAGUACCAGACCCACGCGCGCGUCGACGGGCUCGUCGUCGAGCCGCUCAUCCGUGGCUGCGCUGCCUGGAACACGCUCGACGUCGACGGCGACUCGGACACGCUCAUUGCGGGCUCGGACAACCACUCGAUCUCGCUCGUCGAGAACGUCUCCAAGCGCAUCAACCACUAA